AUGUUGGACACUUCUUCUUUGCAAGAUGGAACUCCAGACAAAAUAACCUGUCUUAAUGACCUUAUUCAUAUUCUGUCAUUUACCGAAAACCUUCAUAUAUGUCAUGGUAUUAAAUAUAUGGAUUACAAUGUGCUUCCUCCAGUUACUAAAAAUAUCAGCGGGAGUGUUGUUGGGCAGUAUGACCCAUUAACAGGAUGUAGAAGAUCUGUAUCUUGUCCUGUUUUGAUUACUCAUGGUAUUUAUGCAAAGUCUUGUAAUCAUUGCAGCAAUCUGCGUAAACAUAUAAGUGCACAGCUUUCGAGAUUAAACAAAAGUGAAAAACAAACCGACUUUACCAACUCUGGGAGUAAGGUAAAUAAGAGGUUCCUUACAAUUGAUCAGAUAAUUGAACGUGAACAAGAUCAAAAAAGAAGAAGAGUAAAUGCUGAGCAAAGAGGAAAAUAUUGGCAAUUGAAAGCUUUGGAGGAAAAGAAUAUGAGAAGAUUGGCUGAACAAGACAACCAGGACUUACUAGUGAUGUUUGAAACCAUUAAUAAAGAACAGCCUUUUGUAGACAACCCUGAAAUGGCUAUGUUUUGGGAACUUCAGAAAGAUGUAAUAAGUAAAUCAACAAACAGGAGACAAAUCAGAUGCCAAUCCUAUGUAAGUGUGAUAAUUAUUUGUACUUCUAACAUUUGCCUGUGUUUCAACAUCUACCGUAUACAUCACAUCAAAUUACAUUAUAUUAUUUAUAUAUACUACAUGCCAUUUAUUAAGGAGAUCAAACAGUUCAUCAAAGCACUUUAUUGAUUAUAUAAUAUUAUUAUAGUAGUAAAAAAUUAUAUAAUAGUAUUAUACUAGUAUAAAAUAUUGUAGAGUAUUGUACAGUACAUAUAAUUUGGCUGAUUUUUUAUCUAUUUAAUAGGGUCAUUAAAACAUGUCUUGCUGUAUGGCAUCGUUCCAAGAAUGCUUAUCAGACUCUUGCAGAAUCUGGAUUUAUUGAAUUACCUUCUAAACGUUUACUGCAGUACUACAAAGCAAAAGUAAAACAGUUAUAGAAUUUGCACUGAUGCAUAAGUAUAACCAAUAGACAACUUGCAUGUUGGACUAAUUUUUGUGAAAUACGGAAAAUAUAUAGCCUUGCGAAGUUUGCAUAUUUUCAGUAUGUUUGUAUUUAGUGCAGAAAUUGUUACCAUUUUUUAACUGAAAAUGGUAACAAUUUCUGCACGUAAUACAAAUUGGAAACUUUGCAAUUAUAAGGCUGUAUUUUCCAAGCUUUACAACAUUUCGCAACAAAAUUUUGCAAUUUUACUAAUUUCAUUAUUUUCCUUUUUUAACUGUGGUGUUUGAUUCCCUCUUUACUUAGAUAAAAAAUCUAACAUGCAAGUUGUCCAUUAAGAGACAAUUAGCUUUAUUACUAAUAGUACUUCAUAUAUAUGUAUGCCAUAAAAUUAUAUCAUUCAGCUAUUACUGAAUCAUACUUAAUCAUCAAAUAUUUUAGAGACCUGGUACAAAUAAAGAAAUGUUGGUUCUAAUGAAAAAAAUGGCAGAUGAAGCUAAGUUAUCUCCAGUUGGAUAUUGUGGCUGCAUCCUUUUUGAUGAAAUGUCUAUUCAGGUAUGUUAGAAUUUUCCAAAGAUUGAAGAAGGAUGUUACAGACACUUAUAAAUACUGAGUUUAGUUAUGGUUUAUGCUAAUUAGGAUGAUGUUCAACUCAGGAGGACAGGUGACUCAUUUGAAAUUGUUGGUUUAGUAAAUCUUGGUGAAGUAUACAACAAUAUUCAAGUGCUCCAAACAGGUAAAUAAUGGUAUAUUGUACAGUUAUAAUUUAAUUUUAUUUAUAUGUUUUUCUAGAUCUGUCUGAUCUCUUCAAAUUGUAUAUGUUUUAUUGAUUUAAUUUAAUUUAUGUUAUAUAAACAGAGACGUAGCGAAGCAUCUGAAGUUGGGGUUAGGGGUGUCGGAUAAUUUUAACUGAAAUUCGAACUUCAAUGUUAUAAAUUUAUCUGAAGUGUACUAAUUACUAAUUAUAAUAAAGCUUUUGUGAUUAAUUUGCUCUGUCAUACUACAUUUCGGGUGAAAAGGGGGGGGGGGGCUGUGGGUUCUCCUCCAUAAAAUCUUUUACAUUUUGAAGCUCUAUGAUUGCAAUUCUGGCAUUUUAAUUUCUAAAGCACAUUCGCAAACGAAUUGGAUGUAAAUUGACUACAUUUUACAAAAAUGAUUACUUUAUUACGCAGAUUUUACAUGAAACUGUCAAAAUUUUUACUUGAAUUUUGCCAGAGUUUCCAGGGGUGUUACACUUCCCACACAACCCAUUGACGACAUCCCUGUAUAUAGAUAAAGUAUAUUAAGUACUAUUUAAAACACAAGUCACUCCACGUGACAUAUUAUGGCUGACAUGAUUUGCCACAUUGAGGUUUAUGGAUUAUUAAUAAUUAAUUGUAAUUAUUAAUUGGAAAUUAUGUUUCUAAUUAAGGUGAAGACAGAAGUGCAGUUGCAAGCCAUAUUCUUCAGUUUAUGUUUGUUGGUUCAACGGGAUUCAAAUUCCCAUGUUGCUAUUUUCCGACAGUCGAAGUUGAUGCAGCCACCUUAUAUCAUACUUUCUGGGAUGUUGUUUUUGACUUACAUGAAUAUGGCUUUGACAUUAAUUUGUGUAUUUGUGAUGGAGCCGAAGCCAAUCGUUCUUUUAUAAAGUACCAUUUUGACAACUUGGACAUCAUAAAGGAAAACUUCACUACCACAAAUUUGUAUACUGGAGAACCAAUGAUUUUCAUGGUUGAUCCAUCAGUAAGUUGCACCCAGGUUGAGUAUUUAUUGAUAGGGCUGUCCAGAUGAGGGGCAAAGGGGAUAAUUUGCCCCCAGGCCCCAAGUUGGACGAGGACCAAAUAAAGAAAAAAUGAAAUUGGAAUUGGAAUAGUCUCCCAUAAUGUAGGAUUUUUCCAUUCCUGAGACGUUCUAUUCAAAACUUUGUUGACCCCAAAAUUAUUGUUUGCUCCGGGCUCCUGUUCGACUCUAGAUGGCCCUGGCUAUUUAUUGAUGAAGUAUUCAUAAUUUUAAUCAUUCCUUUACCUAACAGAACUAAUUCGCAUGCAUUAACCUAUGCAAAUUUAGUAUGCAUCAAUCAUAUUUAAUAUAACAUCAGAUCAGGGUCAUUCAUGCCCAAAUUUUCAUACAAAAUAAAUAAGAUCAACAAAAGUAUGCGACACACGACAAGAACUAUAAAAACUGUACAAUAUUAACAAUGUUCUUUAUAAAAUUAUUUAGCACAACUUCAAGAAGCUACGAAACAACUUACUUAAAAGUACUACUGGCAAAUCUCCACGACUUUUUGAGUUUUGUGGUUAUCAGAUGCUGUGGUCUCAUUUGAAAGAAGCAUUUAUUUAUGAUGUGGAUACAAACCCAACUGCAACUUUCAAGUUUCUAACCCCAGAACAUUUUGAUCCAAGCAGUGCCGGUGAGAUGAGAAAUUACUUAGCAGAUGAUGUUUUGGGCAAACGUAUGUUGGAAGUUCUUAAGGUAAUAAUUUGACCUAUACACAUUUUGACCUAUUAAUGAAGUUAUAGGUGUUUCCAUUGUAAGCGUUCACUAUUGUACAUGAUGCUAUCGAGUGUGUGAGUGCGUUGUGUUUGUUGUGUGUAUGUCGUUAGCCAAUCAACAAGUUUGUAUCUUAUAUUUUAUACCUAACCAGAGACGACGUACGUCUAUUGGGCAUUGUCCAACAAAUGACGUAAUGUUCUCUGUCGUGUGCGUCGAUAGACUAUAAGACUGUAUAACAAUAUAUAUAUAAAUAUGUUCAAAUUUUAGAAUUACAAGCGUCACCGGGAGCAAGUAUCAGAAACGAGUGCAUCAUUCCUCGAUAAGACAAUCAAAUUUAUUGAAACAACACGCACAUUGCUUAAAAACUUUAAGGCAAAAUCACCCUACAGGUACAGUAGGUAAUACUUUUAAGCAAUAAAGUGCUUGUACAUUUUAAGUGCAACUGUUCAAGCUUUUGUGUUUUGCAUAUGUUCGCUGCAAAACUUGUACGACUGUGAAGUAAAUAUAAUUAUAUAAUAAACAUUAAUUAAUAAUUUUAUUUGCAAUAGGUCACUUGAUGAUCCGCGCCUUUUUGAAAACGACAAUUGUAUGGCAUGGUUCCAAAGCUGGGAAGAUGAUGUGAAAUCCAACUCUCAACUUAAGCCAAAAGAAAGAAAUCGGUGAUUCCUCAGUUUUAAAACAAAAUUUGAUGUUUUCUCAAUGAUUAUUGGCUUCAAGUCUUUUUGUAAAACUUUACUAACUAAAUUCCCAGGGUGUCAAGUUAGCGUGUCUCUUUUAAAUCAAGAUGCCCUUGAAAAUUUCUUUGGUGAACAACGCGCUCAGAAUGGUCAAGCGGAUAAUCCGACAGUACUUCAGACAGGUAGAACAUUACAAUUGCUGUAACAACUUUCACAAGUCACUUAUGACAAGUGCGAACGUGAAAUCCGACUUGUGCGAAGCAUUGCACAAAUGGGAUAUACCACUUUGUAUGUUCACACUUGUCAUAAUAACUAUGACUGUCGCCGAUGGUAAAAUAUUACGAUUAGUCGGAUUCACUAGUACUGUACUCGGUCGGUAGUGUGAAUCAUGCAAUCAGCCUUUAUGAAUUUCUCCUACCAUACGGACUUUGGCUGUCGGUAUAAAAACGUCGCCGAUUCUUACGACCAGUGUGAACCAGACUUCAUUUUACGUGCGUUGUUAAAAUGUACCAAAACAUGAGGAAGGGAAUGUUAUCAAAUAGCUAUUUAUUGUUUGGUUUCACUUACGAAUUUCGAUGUUUCAGUUUGUAGAAUAUAUUAGCUUAAUCAUUAUGUUGCUUUUAUCACUAUAAUUUUCGGUUUAAUAUUUUAAUUUAUUGCUUCUUUAUUUUUUAUAGAACACGCAACUCCAGCAAUAGUACAGAUGAAAAAUAUAAAAGAACACAAGGGUAACUGUAUGUUACCAAGUGUUAUCAGGUGUUGAACAUGUCUAAAGCCUGGCACACACGAUACGCUUUUAGAUGGUCGAUUUUAAUCAGUGUAUAACAAUCGGACAAUUUUGAUAUUGCCCAAUUUUAAUUGGCCGACGAAAAUCGCUUAAUAAUACAUACCGCACAUGUUAAUCGACCGUUAAAUCGGCCGACAAAAUCGCAUCGUGUGAGUCCGACUUAAUAAAACAUUAAAGCCAAUAAAGGCCGAGUCACAGUAUACCGAGUCACAUUAUACCAAUUGCUACGAGCUGAAACGCCGACGGAAAACAAAUCAUCGAUAGAUGGCAUUAAGCGAUUGACAGCAUUUCCUGUGCUUGUGUAUCUUUAACAUACUGGGGACAUGUCAACUUAUCUCUGUAUUUUUUCCGAUGACCUUCUUGACCGCAAUAUCCACACUUUCUUUUCUUCUUUUGCUGUUGUGGUGCUGAAAGAUAUACAAGAAAUAUUACUGUCCAUACAAAAGAUGCAACAUUUUUAAUAUGUGCUUACAGUGUAUAUAUACAUAAAUGUUUAUAAAUUUAUAUGCACGUUGCAUGAUUUUCAUUAUUCAAUCGAAAACCAUUUGUAAAAAAGAAAAAUGCUAACCGUUUUUGUUUGUUGUUGUCGUAUGUUGCUCUUCUACUUCGGUC